UAAGCGGGGGAUUCUGUGAUCUCGUCUGGCGGCGUACCGGGCUGUGAAUAGACAGAUCAUGGAAGGUGUUCCCGGCAGCAUCUCUCUGCACAAUUUCUACGAAAGGAUAUGCGACCAGCCAGUCCAUUUCCACGUAAUGGGCAUGGAGGAGUGCUUCUUCCUGUGGGUCGGAUUGUCUGCCGGUCUCAGUAAUCUGGCUGCAGCCAUGUGCAGCAGAUUUGACACAGUCCCGUUGUCUACAUUGAUUUUUGGGGACACAUCUGAUACAACUUCAAGCUCGUUUGCACAAAGACUAGCCAAGAAAACUAAAAAGCAAGUGUUUGCCAGUGUCAACAUCCCAAAUAAUAACAGCCAGCUGAUGCUGUUGAUAGAGGAACGAAUAAAAAAAGAAAUGGAAACUUUCCCUGAGAAAUUCUGAUAGCCGUAUAUAUAUGACCCAUAUGCGAAGGAAGGCAUCCAAUGCAUUAUGGGUCAGGACUUAUGGUAACCAUGGACAUAUGCUGGUCUGCAUUAACAGAUGAAAAAUGAACGAAAGUUUAUAAAGGGACUUGCUAUGAGGGGAG